AUGGACACCUGCACUGGAUCACAGCGCUGGGAGGUGGACCUACGGCAACACGGCCUCCGAGCAGACCUCCAUACCGCUACCGCUGCAGCCAGUGCGUGUGCGCACGGUGAGCAGUGGCAACUGGGCCUUUUCUUGGCGGACGUUUGUGCUCGAAGACAUCGGCCAGAUGUGCAGCUGUACAGCACCAAGCUCUUCGUUUGCGAGAAGGGGCUCCAAUGGGAACUCGCUAUACAUCUACUUUCGAAGAUGUUUGACGACGGCAUAGCACUGGACUCGAUCUCUUCGAGCAUCGCAAUCCGAGCCUGUGCCACCCGUCGCAGUUGGGACUUGGCAUUGUGGGUGCUCAACGAGCUCUGUGGCCGUGACAGAGAUCCUGGAGCCAAAGCCUAUCUUGCUGCCGUGGAUGCGCUGGAGGCCAGCAAUGGUCCACCGGCAUCUCCCGAGCUAUUCGAAGAGCUUUGUCGUAAAGCUGCCUCAAGUUCGGUCUUCGCUGCCUGA